CUGUCCAUUUGAGUUCAUACCUAGCCUUCCCUGUCCAACUGGAAUGCACAUCCAGACAGCUUCCAAUGAUCAGAAUUCAUCCAAGGCCUGGUCUGGCCCAAUUCACCCCCUCAGAACCCCAUCCAACAAGAAUACAUGUCCAAAUCUAAACUCACAGACAAAGUCUGGUGUGUUCAUUCAUUCAAUAUUGUAGUAAAGUUUUAUGAAGCACCUAUUCUGUACCAGGUAACCGAAUCACGACUAAAUGUGCUUAAAUUGGCAACAGGCAAACUCCAGCACAAACUCAUAUUUACCUGGUGGAUCAAUGAGACCCAAACCCUUCCAGUAAGGAAUCCGGCAACAAAACCCAGCAUUGAGCAGAGUAUGGAGCAGUAGAGGCUCUGAUUUGCAGGGUCCUGGAGCCGAGAGGCACGUUAGGGAGAUCACAAUGCAGCAGUCGGCUCCCUUUCGGGGGCGAACGGAGGAAUAUACGUCAUCUGCCUCUCGCCACUCAGCCUGACAGGGCACGGCUGCUGGGAACUGCAUUUACACUCACACAUGCAUGCACUUCUGACUCUGCCCCACCCAAACUCUUCCCAGAACCAAGAUAGACGCCUUCCAGGCCGCCCUUGUCCGGUGCCGCCCCGGUGAAGCUGUGCUGGAAAGAUUGAAGGGCCCGCGGAAGAGUGUGAAAGGCCUUAGUACCCCUGCACUCUGGGACUACCAUUCCCGAGAUGCAUUGCGAUAGACGCCAUCUUUUCUCCUCGCCCGCUAAGCGGCCGGCUCGAGGGAGGGACAACCUCUUGCGUCAUCGGUGCGCGAGGCGGCCGUCGCGGAGUGAUGACGUAUAAGCCCCAGCCCCUGCCUGUCAGUCAGAUCGCGGCCGGGUACCGGCCGAGUGGCCCGCGGGGCCGGCGCCGCUAUGGCGGCGGUGUUUGACCUGGACCUGGAGACUGAGGAAGGCAGCGAGGGCGAGGGCGAGCCAGAGUUAAGCUCCGCGGCCAGUGGGACACUAUGAGGAGGUGGAGUUGACUGAAACCAGUGUGAACCCGGGCCCUGAGCGCAUUGGACCCCACUGCUUUGAGCUGCUGCGUGUGCUAGGGAAGGGGGGCUACGGCAAGGUGUUCCAAGUGCGAAAGGUGCAGGGCACCAAUCUGGGCAAAAUAUAUGCCAUGAAAGUUUUAAGGAAGUAAUUCCCAACCGUGGACAGUAUUGCCUCCUAGGGGACAUGUGGCAAUGUCUGUGUACAUUUUCGAGUCGUGGCUAGAGAGGGGAGGCUCCUGGCAUCCAGCCAAGAUUGUGUGCAACGCCAAGGACACGGCACAUACACGGGCUGAGCGGAACAUUCUAGAGUCAGUGAAGCAUCCCUUCAUUGUGGAACUGGCCUAUGCCUUCCAGACUGGCGGCAAACUCUACCUCAUCCUUGAGUGCCUCAGUGGUGGUGAGCUCUUCACACAUCUGGAGCGAGAGGGCAUCUUCCUGGAAGACACGGCCUGUUUCUACCUGUCAGAGAUCACACUGGCCCUGGGCCAUCUCCACUCCCAAGGCAUCAUCUACCGGGACCUCAAGCCUGAGAACAUCAUGCUCAACAGCCAGGGCCACAUCAAACUGACCGACUUUGGACUGUGCAAGGAGUCGAUUCACGAGGGCGCCGUCACCCACACCUUCUGUGGCACCAUCGAGUACAUGGCCCCUGAGAUUCUGGUGCGCAGUGGCCACAACCGGGCGGUGGACUGGUGGAGCUUGGGCGCCCUGAUCCACCCUUCACUGCAGAGAACCGGAAGAAGACCAUGGACAAGAUCAUCAAAGGGAAGCUGGCGCUGCCCCCCUACCUCACCCCGGAUGCCCGGGACCUCGUCAAAAAGGUGGGCUCCUGGCCGCCUCUCUCACUCCCUCAUCUACAGAGACGGCCCGCACUCUGUCUAUGUGUUUCUGAAGCGGAAUCCCAGCCAACGGAUUGGGGGUGGCCCAGGAGACGCUGCUGAGGUGCAGCGGCACCCCUUCUUCCGGCACAUUAAUUGGGACGACCUCCUGGCCCGCCGCAUGGACCCCCCUUUCCGGCCCUGUCUGCAGUCAGAGGAAGACGUGAGCCAGUUUGACUCCCACUUCACAAGGCAGACACCAGUGGACAGUCCAGACGACACGGCACUCAGUGAGAGUGCCAACCAGGCCUUCCUGGGCUUCACGUACGUGGCACCCUCCGUGCUGGACAGCAUCAAAGAGGGCUUCUCCUUCCAGCCCAAGCUGCGCUCCCCCAGGCGCCUCAACAGCAGCCCCCGGACCCCCAUCAGCCCCCUGAAGUUUUCGCCCUUUGAGGGAUUCCGGCCCAGCCCUGGCCCACCAGAACCCAUGGAGCCUCCUCUACCUCCUCUCCUGCCAGCGCCCCCACCACCGCCACCCUCGAGCACUGCCCCUCUCCCCAUCCGACCCCCCUCAGGGACCAAGAAGUCCAAGAGGGGCCGUGGGCGCCCUGGGCGCUAGGAGGACGGGUGGGCGAAGGCCUCCAGGAAGACCCCUCCCUCUAAGCCGUGAGGGCAGUGGGCCCCUAGGCCAGUUCAGAGACCUGGGGCUGGGGCUGGGGGUACAGGAGUGAGUGUGUGUGGGAAUGUGUGUCUCUGGGGAGGGUGGCUGUGCCCCUGAAUCAUGAUCAUGAAGGGCUGCUGGUCGAGGGGCCACCUACCUGGCCUCUCGCAGUUGAGCUGUGCCCUUGGAGAAUUAAAGUAUUGAAUCAUGGCA